AUGGACGGCUGCGCGCUGCUCAGGCCCGCGCCCCCGGCGCUCGGCGUCCCUGGGGGCUGUCCUGCCCGGCGUAGACCCCCGUCCCCGGAACUGUUGCGCUGCAGCCGGCGGCGGCGACCAGGCGCGGCAGAAGCCGGGGACGGUGCGGCGGCCGUGGCCAGGCGCAACGAGCGCGAGCGCAACCGAGUAAAGCUGGUGAACUUGGGCUUCCAGGCGCUGCGGCAGCACGUGCCGCACGGCGGCGCCAGCAAGAAGCUGAGCAAGGUGGAGACGCUGCGCUCAGCCGUGGAGUACAUCCGCGCGUUGCAGCGCCUGUUGGCCGAGCACGACGCCGUGCGCACUGCGCUGGCCGGGGGGCUAUUGGAGCCGGCCGUGCAGUCCUCUGCGUCCCGCAGGCCAUCCGGGACCACUCUUGCCGCUACCUCACCCUCCUGCACCUCUUCGUCCCCAGGCCACGGGGGCAGCUCGGAGCCUGGCUCCCCGCGCUCCGCCUACUCUUCGGAAGACAGCGGCUGCGAGGGCGAGCUGAGCCCAGCGGAGCGCGAGCUGCUCGAGUUCUCCAGCUGGUUAGGGGGCUGUUGAGCAGCCACAGCCCUGGACGCCGAGCGCCUUGACUGGGAGCCCGCAAGGUGGACCGGCCAUGCUGCGUCCCCACUGUCCUGCUGACUCUGCCUCACCGUGUCCAGUGUGACCAGAUGCCGGUGUGGAAACGGGUCGGUCUUGGGUCUCGGGCUGGCAGUGGGGGCUGACACCUUCCUCCACGCCGCCCCUCCUCAGGUGUUCUGCAAUGGGGCUGGGGCGCCUGCAUUUCCACGUUCUUCUGGAGGGGAGAAAAUUUUAUAAGGAUUCGGAGAAUCUAUUUUCUACGUAUUAAGUUGAACUGCCAAGGGACAGUGCUGGCAAUACGAAGACUUAUUUUUGUACAAAGACUCCUGAGAUUCAGAGUACA